AUGUCCAGCUCCCUGGGCCUUUUGAGACCUGUGCGACCCACUGUCCAGACAGACGCUAUGACCAUGACGAUCCACAUGGCAGUCUCGAGUUUGCGGGACAGAUUGGUCGUAUUCCAAUCCACGGUCAACCUUGUCGGGAUGCUGGAGCAGCUGGCCAACGAGGGCCUCGAAUUGCGAAAUGACGACACUAACCUAGUUCGAUCUCGCACUCUGGUAGGCGAAUAUCUUGAUCUACCGGAUGCCCUUCCCCGACCUAGUCCUGCCUCUGGUGGAUUUGGCUCCCUCACUAGCCCGGCGCCAAUGUCACUGCGUCUCCGCGGCGUUGGAUUUUCCAAACCCUCUUUCCAGGCUCCGGAAAUGCAUGGUACUUUUGGUCUUUCUGACAGGUCUCUUCUGUCCCAAAUCUGGCACAUCGAAUCCGUCUUUCUCGGUUUAUCUGCCCCCACAGGACAUCCGUUUAUCUUCCUUGAGGCCGAUUCGGUUUUGCCGAGCAGCUUCGAGCCUGAGCAACUGCAUUUUCCACCGUGGUCCUGA